GCUGGCUUUCGUUGACCUGGCUGCACCUGCGCCUAUCGCGAACCCUGCCAACACAGCCGUCACGCAGAGCCUGGACGCCCUCAAGGCUGCCUUGCUGUGCCAGCGGGACGGCCGAGAAAGGAGCUGGGAUUCCAAUAUCUUGCCCCAGCUGCUGGAGUGUUGGUUGUCUCCUGCUCCAGGCCAAGAGUCAUCCGUGGUGUUGUUGACACCAGUCCGUUACUCACUCGACACACACCAAGAGUCGCACGAGUGGCUGAACUUCGCCCGACUAGUCCAGGAAGCUCAUGGCGGGAAGCCUCUUCGGCCGAGCACCCCCAUGAAGGCCACCUGGGCGCAGAAAAAGGGCCUACAGGUGCCGGAGAGUUUCAAGAUGCCCAGCACCUGCAGUGCAGAAGAGCCUCCUACGUCCAAGGAGAACAAGGCAGCAGAGCAGCCAGCACAUGAGCAGAGCCCGCCGCGCCACGACAAAGCACGGAGCGCAAUCCUCACGGCGAUUCAGAUGCUGUCGAAGGAUGACGAGCGGAAAGGGCAGGAGUCCGUCCUGGUGCAAGAUGCCACCGAGCCUGUCCUUGUCCAAGCUGUGCGGCCGUCACCGGCACCCGACGGACCCAGCGUGCCGGACCAGGGGCCCGCUGCGCCUGGUGAGAUGCCGGUGCAGCCCUCUGUGGGCUCUCAGACACCGAUGCAGCCGCCACCCGCGCUGGCGAAGGCUGCAAGCCCCAACCAGACAGCGUAUCGCCGUUUCGUGGCGCGUUGCACCACCAAUGCUUCCGACUGUUCCAACGGCACAGGCAUCGACACCAAUCAUUGCAGCUCGGGUCGUGCGGUGAGCUUAGACCGAAGGCUCGUGCAUGAACCGAUCAGCAGCUACAACCGACAAGAGCCGGCAGGGAAGUUGGACUUCAUGUUGCCACUAGGUGCGAAGGAGCUUUUAAAUCGAUGCGUCGGCAAUUCCUUCCUGGUGGAUUGCCGCGAGCAGACGCACCGGUGCAACCGUCUCCGGGACCUCAUGGAAGAGUGCCAGAGUGCCUGUGAGGCUGCCUUUGCACGCUGCAGGACCAAGCCGCCCCCAGCUGCUGUUUGGCAGUCCCUGGGACCAGUUCUGUUCAGAUGGGGCUUGGGCGAGGGCCGCAGAGACUAUGGUGAGUACGUCUUGGUGACAUGCCACUGGCUUUCGGCCAAUGGUGUCCGAAACCAGUUAGUCGAUGUGGACAGCUCCCGGCUCCCGGUUAGAUCUCGAAGCGCCAAGGCUCUAAGACUCCUUGUCACUGCUGUCGCCUUGUUUGCGGGCGCAGCCGUCCCAAGCGUCUCGGAGGAGGUGCGCUGUGCUUGGACCGUGUUGCCCGCAGCAGAACAACUGCGCGAGGCACAUGGCAUUCUCACAGCCCUGCCCGCCCAAGCACAGCGGCUUCCGAUCAGCGGCUACCUCCCCCAUCCUCCACCCUGGCUUCCCGGUCCCUGGGCCGACUUCCUGAUGGGUCUGGAGUCGGCGUCCCUGGAAGAAGCAGAGAUGCUGGGACUCGUCGAAGCUAUCAGCAGGUGGCGAUCAGAAGGUGGCCCACGCCCGCCGUCGUCUCUGCAAGAUGUGGCUGAGUCCUUGAGACGACUCAGGGCAUCCCUGCCCAGUUGGGGAGGCAGCAGCAUAGCCGGACCUUCGGCUUCGCCUACAAAGUUUGGGAUGAAGCGGGGGAAGGUUGGACAGGUGGAGUCCUUCGUCCGGGUGGCCCGCACUUCUGCUUCUCUGCGCGGCAGCCGGCGGAUCCUCGAUGUCGGCGCAGGGCUCGGCGCUUUGACACGGCAGCUUCAGCAAAGUCUGGGCUUGCCUUGUCUGGGCUUGGACCGGGACCCAGAGAAGGUGGAGACUGCCCAACGCCUCGCGACGGCUGCGGGACACGGGCCUGAGGUGUCCUUCGCAGUUUGUGACAUUCAAGCUCCUGGGGCACUCCAUGAUCUCCUUGAGCCGGAUGAUUUGGUGGUUGGCCUUCAUCCCUGCGGAAGCCUAGGGGAGGACCUUAUUACGGCUGUGUCUGCGUGCUCGAGCGGUCCAGGAGCAUCGCCCUCUUUGCUUAUGGUGUCCUGCUGCCUCAUGGGGCGGCCCUGGGCGCCGAUUCCUUUCCCGAGGCCGCCGGCAUCCAACUUGGGUCGUCAGCUGAAUCUGUCACUUCCACGCACAGCGCUGAAGAUGUCCAACCUCUGGGCUCCCGGCCCUGUUCCUGUGGAGGCGAUCUCCACGCGCAUGGCCCUGCGCUGGCUCCUCGCAGGUCGUGGUUGGCACAACGAGACGAGCGCGCCUUCUUGCACUUCGCUGACGCCUAGUAUGCGAGGUGUCACAAAGAGACACCACAAAGAAGGCUUCCUGGCCGUGGCCAGCCGGGUCCUGGAACUGCGCGGCAUGGCACCAGCGACGGACGCCGAGGUGGCAGAUGCUGAGCGGGUUGGCCGCAUCUGGGAGCCGCUGUACCGGAGGCUCGAACUUGUCACGCCUCUCGUGGGCAAUGCGGCGGAGUUUGCGGUGAAUGCAGACCGUGCUGCUGCAUUGGAGGCGGACUGCGAGAGCUGUGGAUCUUUAGCAGGAGUCGGGCAUGAGAUUCGAACGGCCUCACCAGUGGCCGUGCGAGCGCUAGGCACUUCCAUGCACAUCCUUGCCUCAGCACGCCCUUGUGGAAGCUCGGAAGCUGCUGCCAACCCGCAGCCCCCUGAGUCCCUCAUCCUGAGCUGCCUGGCCGAAGGCCUGGGGCUAAGAACCUGGAGCCUGCUUUGCCUACGCCUACAUGCCCAGAGCUAUGUCCCCGACACCUAUCCAGGCUAUCCGGUGAUGGCCACAUCAGCCCCUUCACCCCCUCCAGCACGCUAUGCUGCCGGGGCCUUGAGGUCCGUGACGCCACGGAAGCCGGUCGGUGACCCCAGGAAGUUCACAGUACAGCAUGCUUUGUCUUUGAAACGCUCGGAAGCAGGGCUUCUCGUCAAUUCACCCCGGCUCCUGCUGGAACCAUGGACGCUUUGCCGCAAGAUUAGACCCCGAGCCAAGCAGGGCUUCUCGGAAUGUUUGGUUGCGGAGCUGGAAAUUCAAUUCUACAAUUCUACAAUGACCCUGUUGAAAGCCAGCCACAUCUUCUGCAGGAGCUUGUCGAAUACCACAACUGGCCCGCGCCAAAAGUUGCCGCACAGAUUGCUCUCCCUUCUUGUCCUGGUUCCAAUGCUGCCCCCCACGGUGGUGACAGUGCAUUUCCAGGGUACUCAAGAGUUGUUGGGGUGCUUCGCCCUCCUGGUCAGGAUUUCAUUGACUCUGGACUCGUGCCCCAAGCCGGUGAUUGUCGGUGUCACUGGGCUCGCGGUCACCGAUUUGUUAACGGUGCGGAGCUUCGGUGAGUUCUCUGAAGUGAUCACAUAUUCCAAGCCAAUGACCAUAGAUGGCGCGAUGCGUGUGCAGCUGGGAUUGAAGCCACCAGACAUCGCAGUUCAGGGGCAGAUGCUUCCUGAAAGAGGGCGCAGCUGCAAGAUUGACAGGCGUCGGCUCCCUCAGCAUUCCCUCGCGCUACGUGCGCGCGACGUGAAGGAGAUCGCCCAGGAGUUGCAUGCCAUCAUCGAAGAGCUGGCCUUGGACGAUGUGCCCAGUCCACGGAGCUCUCCUGCAGCUCCAGCCUACGGAUCGCGAGAUGCAUAUCCUGCACAACCUCAGGCUUACGGCGGCUACACUGCCGAGGCAGCGCAUCGCCUGGAGAGCCCCCACAGGCCAGGAGGAGCUUUCUCCCCUGUUCGCGACCCCAAUCCGGGACUCAGCAUCGGGCAGUCCAGCCUGACCGAGGAGCUCCAGGCAGAGGCGCAGCACAGGGAGGCCUUGCUUGCAGCCCGGCAGCAGCAGGACCUGGAGCUCGAAGACCUCCGGCGCAGGCAGCAGGAGCUGGAGAGGAAGGCUGCAGAGUUGAAGCAGCAACGGCAGCAACAGCAUCCGCAGCUGUCGCAGUGGGAGACGCCGACGAGUAAAUCGACCGCCCCCGGGCUGCCGCACGCGGCUCCCAACCCACCAGUUGACGACGCCUUGCGUCGCGUCCUGCAGCAGUCCGGCUUGCGACCAGCACCUCAGAUGGGUGACGACAUGUUCGUUGGCAGCCUGCCGCAGCUGCGGAUGCUGAUCAACACCCAUGGUCCAAAGGCGACGGACCCGCAGCUUGCCAGCCACAUGACGGCCAUAAAGCGGUAUGCCCAGCAGCUCGAGAUUGACUUGGACCAAAAGGCCCCCUUCGUGAAAUUUUGA